GCUGCUGUCGCUGAUUUUUGACACUUUCGCAGCUGAGAAAAAUUUCAGGCUAUAUUUUGGUACUGAAUUUCCUAGGAAAAAAUGGCAGGAUCACUGCCCUCGGGCCUCCUCUCGCACACAAGAAAGGUGCAAAGUCUCUACAAGAGAUCCCUGAGGAAUUUGGAAUCUUGGUACGAUAGGAGACACAUCUUCCGCUACCACGCCACCCUGCUACGUGCUAGAUUUGACAAAAACCGAGAUGUUCUCGAUAUGAGAGUGGCAAGAGACAUGCUUGCAGCUGGAGAACAAGAAUUGUUCGAGAAGCAACACUACCAGCCGAAGAAAUUUGCCGGCAGUCCAGGAGGAUGUGCGUAUGAACGUGAAGUUAUCCCACCUGAUUGGGUCCUUGACUAUUGGCAUCCACUCGAGAAAGCCCAGUAUCCAGAAUACUUUGCCAGACGUGAGCAACGCAAGAAGGAAUAUGUUGAAUGGUGGGAGAAGACCUAUGGGAAACCUUCUGCCACGGAUGCUCAUCAUUAAUGCAAAUGUGUAAAGUAAAAUAUCUAGUAUGUUGAACUACUAAAUUAUCUGGUGUUUUUGGCUAGAAAAGAGAUUUUUUUUUCUCAA